AUGGGUUGUGGUGCAAGUAGUGAUACAUCGCGUGUACAAGAACCAACAUUAAAUAAAAAAUCUGUUUUACCUCCUAUUGAUCAACAUACAAAAAAGAAAGCAUCUUCAGCUAAAUCAAAUGGAUCAGCUGAUAGUGGUAUCGAAGAUUCUGACCCUAUUAGAUCUAAGCCUCUACCACCAAGACUUCCAGUACCAAUUGAUAAUUUACAAGUUGAACAUCAAAAAAAAUCUCGUUUAGGCUAUGGUGAAACAUUUGAUAUUAUUGCUACACCAAAACCAGGUAGUUUAGCACCAUUACGAAAUGCUCCAAAAUUUCUUGCUGCUGUUAAUAAACCAACACCUACUAUUGAUCCUGAUUUACAAGCUAAAUUAGCUGCAAAACAAGAACGUGCUUCACGUAAACGACAAGAAAUUGAAGAAGCACGUCGAUUAGCAUCAUCAAGAUUAGGUCAACGACCAAUAACAAAACCAGUAGUAUCACCUACACCUGAAUCAAACACAACUACAACCAAACUUGAUGAACGUCAUCAACAUUUAGCAAUGCUUCGUGAUAAACUUCGUCAGAGUGCAAGUCAUAAUAGUCUUUAUGAUGGCAUACAUUCACCACGUACACCACGAAAUGAAUCUGUAUCAAGUGGAAUGACUGAUAUUGGAAAUUUGACACCACGUCGAGGUGGUACAGCACUCGGCGCUACCAUUGCUUCAAAUUUCAAACCAGUUUAUGACUAA